CUGCUACCUCUUCCUCCACCAAAUUUCCCUACCAACCAACAACAACAUUGCUGGUUUUUUUGUGCCGCUCGUAAGUACCAUUGUUCGCUCCUGAAUAUCUACUCGCUCCUGCCAUCGGUGCGACCCCUUUCGUGUCGUCUUUGCGUUGACGCAUGAUUUUAGCAAUGACAUACACACCAGAGAUGUACGGUUUGCGUCGCGGCAAACCGGGUCCCGGCAACGACUACUACCAGGCGAGCAACAAGCCCCCCGGUGCCCUGGCCGCACAGUGUGCCCACGAGAGGUCGGCUGCCGACGUGCAAGAAUGGCGCGAGGAGGAGUUCGUAGCCAGAGUCGACGACAUAAAGCGUCUGAAGAAGAGAAACCUGGCCAAGAAGAAUGGUUCCGUCAUGGAGAAGCUCUUGCGUCGCAUUGGCCUCGGUUUCUUGGUCGACGGCGAGGACAUGAGUGCUCAUGAUCAGGCACUCCAUUCCAUGCCGAACUACGAGCACCUUGACGACAAGCAGCGUGCCCGUCUCCGUGAGACGACCCCCUACCCCUUCCACACGAAGGAGUCUGCACAGGCGUUCAAGGAUGACAAGGCUCGCCGUCAGCGGAUCAGAGACGAGGAACAAGACGCCAGAGACAUGGCAAAGGCCUUCGAGUACUUCGACGAUGCAGCCUCGUUGACCCAGUAUCACUACUACCUGGUCGGAAAGAAGCUCGUACGCCGCCCUAAGUUCUCCGGCGGAUUCGAAUCGCUGUAUGAGCGUCAGACCAGAAUGCUGUACGACGCGUUUGAGGAGUUCAAGCGGAUUGUCCUGCCAUUCCACGAUCAGCUUAUCGCUAUGAAGGAGAGUGGUGUCGACACAGCCUCUGAUGAGUAUCGCCGCCUUCGUACAAAGCUUGUGAAAGCUUUCCAUGCCAUGAAUGGACCAGAGCAACUGGCCGCCAUGGACGAAGGAACAGAGGCUGUGCGUCGUAAGAACAAGGAGCAUUACAUCAAGUCCACAGUCGAGAGAGUCAACAUGGACCAGUACCCUGAGUACAUCAUCCACGACACGUUGCCCAAGGAUGAUCAGAUCGCCAUGUAUCAGAACAUUCUCAUCCGCUUCAACAGGGGUGAGCAGCUUCCAGACCACGAGCUCAAGUUCCAUGCUCUGGCUCUUCAGUCCCAGGAGGAUGAACUCAAGCAGGUUCGCAAAGACAUCGCCAACAAGUCUACCAACAUCGUAUGGAUGAAGACUCGAGUGAGGUCUUUCUCCAUCUCGCCUCGUCAGUCGCCACACAAGACGCCCGAUCUUCCACCUGGUGACAAGCCGCCCAGGAAAGUCACCGAAAUGCCCAUCUGCGGUCCAAGAUAUAUCUUGUGUUUCGAACUGGAGCCUUUUACCCUCAGCGAUUAUGAUGAGAUGUGUCGCAAGACUUACAUCGAGGGACAACUUGCCGAUGUCCUCAGAAGGGGAGAGAAAUACAUGUUCGAGUUGAGCAAGCCCAAACCCAGACGCAAGAACUGGCGUCACUUGCUGCGCAAGGAAACCGCCAGUGACACAGAUUCGGACGAGUGUUCCUUCUAUCCCAGCAUUCCCUGGUAUGAGAUGAUGCAAUUGAUCCGGGAGAAGCGCGCUGUCGACAACUCCAAGCCACUCCCUCUAGUUUCGCCUGCCAAGAACGAUGUCGCCGAGGUCGUUAACAAUGACUUCGAUCUCGGUGAGAUAGAGGAAAUUUCCAAGGACGGCUUCAAGACAGGACCUCUUGCCAUGUCCCGCACUUCUGAGUUUGUUGACGAUGACUUCAACUUCAUCCUCGAAGAUGAGGAGGCUAUUGCUGAGGGUCGCCGCAAGGCUGGCUCUUCUGCCAUGGCCUACGCUCCUCAGUUCACUGAUGAUGACUUCAUUUUCAUUUUCGAGGAGGAGGAGGAUGAAUUUGCUGGUGGUGACACCAAGACCGACUCUCCUGCCAUGGACAACACAACCGACACUAUCAAGGACUCCGACGAUGACUUUUCGUUUGACCAGGAUAAGACAUCCGAGAUUGACGUCGAAAGCAUCUCUCGCAUCAUUAAUGCCGUUUCUGAAACCACGUCUCUCAACCAGGAGAUGGCAGAGACUUCCAAGGGUGACUUCUUGGCUGACUACUACGCCAUGCGCCACGUCACCGAGGCUGCCGAGAAUUCCGACGACGAGUUUUCGUUCGACCAGGAUAAGUCAUCCGAGAUGGACUUCAACUUCAUCUUUCCCAUGACGGAUCAGGUCCCUGAGACUCUCGAGACCACUUCUCUCUAUGAGGCGAUGUCCUCUGACUAA